AUGAACAGUGAAAUAUACAACUUCCCGCCAUUUUUCACAAGACAGCCCAACGAAACCACGUGGCAGGCGCAGCUAUCACAUUGGAAGGACGUGAUUUUGACCCACAGUCGGGAAACCAAACAGUGGAGGCUCAGCAACACAGACAGCAUUUUCGAAAACAAAAAGAUCCAGAGACGACUGAAACCGGAUGUGAUCCAGCUGGUUCUGUCAGAUCUUGUGAGCAACAAAAAGGCCGACUGGGUCGACUCCAAGACGAAAACAGAGGUGUGGAUCUGGUGGAGAAGCGCCGAGGAGUGGGCCACGCUGAUUCUCGCAUGGAUCGAUAGCACAGGCCAAAACGGAUCCAUUGUCACAUUCUACGAUAUUGCCGGAGACGAUAGUCCGGGAGUACCUGAGAUGGUGGGUAUGGAUUCCACCAUGCUCCACAAGGUUUGCCAAGUGCUGGUUCACCAGGGCAAAGCUGCCGUCAUGCGAGAUGAAGAUGGCAAUGAGGUCGGUCUCAAGGUAUAG